AUGUGGGUUGUUGUCAGGGCUUACGGUGGGCACAACACUCAGUCUCUCAUUCAGUUCCGUCGCUUGCUCCAGCAGCAAUAUGACCUCCUUUCCUGAGAGCUUAAAGGAGUCCUGAGGGACCCAUCAACUGCACCUGCAAAACCCCGACGAUACGCAACCCUCAGUAACUGUAAAGCCUCCCUGAACACCCCUAGACUUCACCUCGGUAAGGCAGUCUAGCAACCACACCCAGCAUCGAAGAGCCAGGAAAACAGUACAGCAACCUGAUUAUCAUCUCCUGACGGUGCCACACAGAACACACCUCACCUCCGCAGUCUUCUUAGACAAGAGCUCACCGGAGUAUCCCGGGAAGCGUCGAAGGCAGGCGGCAUCCUCCUCUGUAACCUGAGUGAGACGCUGCAGAAGUAAACGCCGAUAACAUGGAAGCAUCCUUCAAGCUGCAUAAGUCUUCCUUCAUUGGGUCAUCAUCCUGUUGUUGGUUCUGGCCAGUGCAGGAGACACCCAGGGCACCUCAGAUGGCUUCGAGGAAAUCGACUGGAAACGCCUCAACGACCUGGUCCAAGUCAAUCAGUUGUUCGCUGAGGAGAUGACGAAGUCGGUGCUGAACUUGUCGAAGCAGAGAAACAGUCUUGGAUGCUCGCCCGAACGAUACGAGAGGGAAAGAAAGUCGUUGGCCAGCAUCGCGUCCAACCUCUUAAUGGAGAUAAACACGACCCUGGAGGUGCUGCAGAACUCUUCCAAGAUCCUGCUGCAGGAGCUGGCAAGAGAGUCAUGUCCAGUAGACAUCUACUUACCAUGUCCAAAGGCUGGAGAGUUUCGUUGCAAGACGGGCACUUGUAUCCCCGAGGCCCGACGCUGUGACGGAGUCUACGAUUGCCGUGACGGCUCUGACGAGACUCCCUCAUGCUCAGUGACGCAGUGCCGAAGAGAAGGUAUGUUUAAGUGCGCCUCCACAACAGAGUGUAUAUCUCUGGAAGGAAGAUGUAACGACGUCCAGGAGUGUUCUGAUGGAAGCGACGAGGAGAACUGCAAGGUGGGGUGUACGGAGCAGCAGUUCGUGUGUGAGAGAGAGUGGGCGUGUGUGCCGCUGUCGUGGCUGUGUGACGGAAGGGCUGACUGCAGUGACGGCAGGGAUGAGACGACCUGCGUGCGGCCAGAUCAUUCUGCAGCAGCAGUAGGCAGGAUGCUUCCUGGCUCCUCCCCGACCCAACCACAUCCAACUCCCGGCUCCUUCCCAGUCGGACCUCCGACUCCUGGCUCCGGCCCGACCCGACCUCUGACUCCUCCCGGCACCACUGUUCCCACUACUUCCUUCCCCACAGAGACGCUUGAGAAUAUAUGUGACCCGAACAUGAUUUUCUGCGGCGCGGACAACUCCUGCUAUCAGAGGGAGUGGAAGUGUGACGGCAUCCCUGACUGCUCCGAUGGCAGUGACGAGGAGAACUGUCGCGGGAACCAAGCCGUCGGAAGAGAUGAUUUAUCCUCUGUGCUGAAGAAAACACUGUGGCCACUAACUCCGCAGUCAACCACGACGCCAACCUCUCUGCCAACCACGACGCCAUAUAGAAGAGGUACUAAUAACCGCAGCAACUCCCGAGUCCAGAUUGUUUUCUGAGGCUAAGAUGUGGUG